AUGCAAGAGAAUGGGCUGAUUGAGAACUCCAACGCGGGCAACAACGAGAACAAGGGUGGCAACACAGAGCAGCAGGGCGGCGAGGGAAAGAAGAAAAAGGGCAAGGACGUGACCCCGAAGGAGCAGACGUGGCCGGUGCCGUCGGUCCCCAUCAUGGACCUCUUUCCCAACGGAAACUUUCCUGAAGGAGAGAUCCAGGAGUACCAGGGGCUCAACGCCUACCGCAGCACGUCGGCAGAGCUCAAGGAGCAGGAGCGCCUUGAGAGCCACAUCUACCAGGAGGCGAGGGAGGGAGCUGAAGUGCACAGGACCGCGCGCAAGUACCUCCAGUCCAUCGCCAAGCCCGGAGAGCUGAUGAUUGACCUCUGCGAGAAGCUCGAGGACAAGGUCCGAGAGCUUAUCAAGGACAAGUUCCCCGAGCGCGGCAUCGCGUUCCCUACCGGAUGCAGCAUCAACCAUGUUGCUGCGCACUGGACGCCCAACGGAGGAGACAAGACGGUGCUGCAGUACGACGACAUCGUCAAGUUUGACUUCGGCACCCACGUCAACGGAAGAAUCAUCGACUGCGCCUUCACGCACUACUUCAACCCGCGCUACGACCCCCUCGCUCAGGCUGUGAAGGAGGCUACCAACACGGGAAUCAAGGAGGCGGGUAUCGACGUGAGGCUGUGCGACAUCGGGGAGGCGAUCCAGGAGGUCAUGGAGUCGUACGAGGUCGAGAUUGACGGCAAGGUCUACCCGGUCAAGGCAAUCAGGAACCUCAACGGCCACUCCAUCAACCCCUACCAGAUCCAUGCGGGCAAGAGCGUUCCCAUCGUGAAGGGAGGCGAAGCCACCAAGAUGGAGGAGGGUGAGUUCUACGCGAUUGAGACAUUCGGGUCUACUGGCAAGGGGGUCGUGCAUGAGGAUCUCGAGUGCAGUCACUACAUGAAGAACUUCGAUGCCGGCCACAUCCCUCUCAGGAUGGCGAAGGCCAAGGAGCUCCUCGGGGUGAUCGACCGCAACUUCGGCACUCUUGCCUUCUGCCGUCGCUACUUGGAUCGCUUGGGAUGCAAACAGUACCUCCUGGGCCUCAAGAAUCUCUGCGACGUUGGCUUGGUUCAGGCUUAUCCUCCACUGGUUGACGUCAAGGGAAGCUACACAGCACAGUAUGAGCACACCCUUGUUCUCCGUCCCACAAGGAAAGAAGUUCUUUCCCGCGGCGAUGAUUACUAA